AUGUGCUGGCGGAGGGUGUGGGGCCAGAUUCUCCUGCCCAUGCUCCUCUCACUAGCUCUCAUUCAGAUGUUUAUCAGCUUCUCCGACCAUAAAUUCACUAAACCCCACCAUCACUGGAAACCGAAGUUAGAAGCAAAAUACGUUGAAAGAGAAUGUGCUCAAAAGCAAACUUGUCCAUUGUGUACCCAAGACAAGAGAUGUAUUUGGUGCCGAGAAGAAAAGGUUUGCAAAAAGUACUGUUUUCCCUAUUCUGACUGUAAAUUCAAUUCCAUAUUCUGGGCAAACUGCAGAGUUGACAUGUUUGGAAUCGUGAUGCUGAUACUGGUUGUAUUAUUAGCAGUAGGAUUCUUCUGGUAUUGCAUCGCCUAUCACUUACACAUGCAGGAGCGGCAGAUUAUUUACUAUGCAAGAAAUGGAGGAGUUCCUGGUUCCACCUGGAAUGCUGCCUCUGGCAAGUGCUCUCAUCCAUUGCUAGGCUACCCCGGGCUUUUUCAUUGA